AUGUGGACUACUCUGCGGCAGCAUGGCCAGGAACACCACCAACAGCACCAACAGCACCACCAUCCUAACCCUUAUCAAAGGGACGUCAUAGACUCUAGUAUCCCCCGAAUUCAAACAGACUCGAACACAGACUCUGCUACCUCCCACCACCAGCAGGUUCUAGCACAACCACAAACAUCCCCGCACGGCUCCUCGCAGCUUCUCUUCAGUCCAGCCAUGGGACCACCUCGAGGAGACCGUAUGGGCAACCCAUUCGGAGCACACGGGUCUUUAAUCAACCCUCUUUAUCCGAACAUGUCACCUUCUAACCCGCGUCACUCGCCAUCAUCUCCACAUCAAGGAAGCAGCUCAGGGAAGAGACCACGACCUGAAGAUUUUGACAUGGCCUCAGCAGGUAUGCAAGAGCUACAGCAUACGGGUCUUGCUGGCAUGGUGACGACGCCAAUGGGAGGAAGCUAUUCUUCAGGCAGUGGGAUGGCAGGCACGCCGCCGUUGCCCAUGACACAUCACCACCACCUGCCAGACAUGGGACCACCCUCGAAAAUGAUGCGAAGAGACGAGUCGGGGCAACUAUCCGCUGCGAGCAUGGUUGGGCAGGAAGGCAUGCCAAUGCCAGCGCCAAGGCCCCGGGGACCAAAACUCAAGUUUACGGCCGAGGAUGACCAGUUGCUGAUUCUGCUUAAGGAGCAAAAGAAUCUGACGUGGAAGCAAAUCGCCGACUUCUUCCCUGGACGCUCUUCCGGGACCCUACAAGUACGGUAUUGCACAAAGCUCAAGGCGAAAACGACCUUGUGGACAGAUGACAUGGACCAAAAACUUCGCAACGCACUACAAGAUUAUGAAAAUGAGAGAUGGAGAAUCAUUGCUCACAAAGUAGGAACUGGAUUUACACCCGCGGCGUGUCGCGAGCGAGCCGCCCAAAUCGGUAUUGGCGACGAAGAGUACCAACCGCCCAUGUCUCCCGAACCUGGCCCUUCCGAGAGCGGUAUUAUCAUGUAUCCUAAUGAAAACCGGCACUUGCCCUUCCCAGAGAAGCACCACCAGGGCAUGCCGGAACAAUGA